AUGUCAAUAUUACGUAUUCAGGAUGCAUUUCCCCCUUAUUUGCCAGAAUAUUAUUCAAUUAAAAUUACGUCGGCACUAUUCAAUUUCCGUUCGUUUCUGACAGUUCAGAUGUUGGGAAUUUGUACGUGCCCUUUUUUAAAACUGCAAUUUCCAGCACUUCUUGAACAGAGAACUGGGUAUCGUGGUUUCUCCUGGAAAGCUGCCAGGAUAGGUGAGCGCUUGAGCCCCUGGGUCGCUGUAGGGUGCUUCACGAUGGGUGUGUCGAUCAUCUUUUUCUGA